CUACCAUCGCUAGUUUGGGCUCCCACAAAAUUGCUUUUCGCACUAAAAACCGCCCCAAAUUGUGUCAAAUUUUCACAUAACUGGGAUUAGGAAAACAGAUCCCCUCGAGAAAUAGACAUGCUAAGACCUCAGCCUACGAUGCCUUUGCCACAACCUCCGGGAAAACGAAAGAAGCCCGCGGAAUUGCAAUUAACCUGCGAAUGGCGCGGUUGUCAGGAGAUAUGCACGGGCGAAUGGAACCUUAAUAGCCACAUAGCCGAGCAUCUGGAGCAGUAUGCCAGGGAUCAGGAUGGUCGGGAGGAUGCCGACCACAAUGAGCACCAGUGCACAUGGAACACCUGCGAAUUUAUCACCUCCAAUCUAGUGGAAUUCGAGCGGCAUUCGUAUUAUCACGGGUACUACCUUCAUCUCCUUCUGCAAGGAAAACUGGAGUGCGAACUGCAUCCGGAAAUCCCCGCCUGCACUGCUCCUGCUCGCCAGACGGAUAAGUUACCCGUACUUGGCCAGAACUUCCGCUGUGGGUGGACGGAUUGCGAACGGGAGUUUGUUUCCAUCGUGGAGUUCCAAGAUCACAUUGUCAAGCACGCCCUGUUCGAGUAUGACAUCCAAAAGACCCCGGAGGACGAACGUCCCAAGACCAUGUGCAACUGGACCAUGUGUCACAAGCACAUGGGCAACAAGUACCGCCUCAUCGAGCACAUCAGCACCCACUCGAACAAGAAGCAGGUGGCCUGCUUCCAUUGCGGGGAGCUGUUCCGCACCAAGACCACGCUCUUCGAUCAUCUGAGACGGCAGCCGGAGAACAACACGAAUAGCUUCCAGUGCGCGCAGUGUUUCAAGUUCUUCGCCACCAAGAAGCUUCUGAAGAGCCACUUAGUGCGCCAUGUGAACUGCUACAAGUGCACAAUGUGCGACAUGACCUGCAGCUCGGCCAGCUCGCUGACCACUCACAUCCGCUACCGUCACCUGAAGGACAAGCCGCUCAAGUGCAGCGAGUGCGACACACGCUGCGUCCGGGAAUCGGAUCUGGCCAAGCACGUACAGAUCGUCCACUCGAAGACGGUGCACCAGUGCGAGCAUCCCGACUGCCACUACUCCGUGCGCACCUACACGCAGAUGCGAAGGCAUUUUUUAGAGGUUCACGGCAAUAAUCCCAUCCUGUACGCCUGCCACUGCUGCGAGCGCUUCUUUAAGAGCGGCAAAUCCCUGUCCGCUCAUCUGAUCAAGAAGCACGGCUUUCGGCUGCCAUCGGGUCACAAAAGAUUCACCUACCGGGUGGACGAGAACGGAUUCUAUCGCCUGGAGACGACGCGCAUUGAGAGUUUGGAGGUAACGCAGCAGAUACUGUCGCCGCAGGUGAAUGUAUCGCUGGAGAUUGAUCUGAAACCGGGCUCGGGAACCUGCUAUGAGAUCGUGGAUCCCACAAACAGCGAAUUCGAGCGCAUCAUCGUCUCGAAUGAUCCGCACGAGGCGCAGCUGAUGGGCGAGGUGAUCAUCUCGCUGCCCAGCCUAACGGAGGAGCUGUGAGGAAUCGAGAUGAACGGAACCAACGGCAGCUAGCAGCCAACACUUCUGAUCUCGUGUGCCCCCUAACGUUUAAGCAUAACCACUUAGACCUACGUCGAAAAUAGGAAAAUGCGGUGACAUGUCAUAACGCCCUUGGGCUGAUGUUCAUGACAAUAUUAAUCAUAGUAUGUAAGCUCAAAGGGUAACGCCACUCUAAGAACUAAGUAAUGUCGAUUGCCUUAGGGUAUAGGAGCAUUUUCUAACUGCUUCUAUUUCGGUCCCGAAACACCUCAAAUCUCGCUAAAUAUCUAUCGUCCUUUUUAUGACUCGUUUUUAAUAUUUUUGUAGUUUUUUUAAGCUACUACUACUUAACUACUUUUUUUCUUAGUGUUCAUUCUUAAGAUCAAAACCCAGCAUGUUUUUGUUAACACAGAAUGCUUUUUAUAAUAAUCUCCUUUUUCUGACAAAAUAUUGAGAUGCUAUUCAGUUUUAAAAGCUCUGGAGUGGUGUUUCCCCUUAACUUAAAACUUCCAUGGGCCUUAUUUACAAUUUUUAUUAGGUCAUAAGGCCCAAACCCUUUAAACUUAUUGCCCCGAACUUUGUAGUUUUGUUCUCUUGCAUUUAAAGGCAAUGAAAUUAACAUACCAAUAUAAAACCCAUGAUCAUUUCUGAGAUUUAAGAAUACUUUGAUCAAGCUUUACAUGGGCUAGUGAAAAUGUUUGCAAAUUAAAAGUAAAUCACGACUUAUAUCAAAAAUGGGCGCUAUGUCGUCACCGGAAAAUGCAUUGACUCUGUACAAUCAUAUCCCCGUAACCAUUAUUUUAGAUUGUAUGUGCGUUCCUGCGCCCCUGUAUGUAAAAUGUCUAUGCGAGGUUUGCAUUAUCCAUCCCGGAUCGGGAUUCAUUUGUCAUUUAGUCUUAAGCGAUUUGACAGUUUCCAGUAGCAACUUUAUCGUUUAAGGUGUGCAGCAAAUAAAAAAAUCAAUCCCAAACGAAAA